AUGGCACCUGAACAAGAGAAAGGAAAUGCUCUUGCUAUCGAGAAUGUACUACAAGAGCUUUUCUUUUGUGGCCACCGUGCUAGCAAUUUCCUUUGGGACAAACGCCUUGUUCCUGGGUGCGAGUAUGCCUUCAACGUUAUCACCUACAUCAAUGAGGAUAUCGGUCCCAACUCCAACUAUACUUGGAUUGCCAUUAUAUUUAGCGUGACAUUUGCAUUCUCCCUUUUGCUUAUAGGCCGUCUGAGCGAUCUUCUAGGAAGGCGCUGGAUAUUUAUCGGAAGCACCGCAAUAGGUCUCCUCGGUUGUAUUGUUGCUGCCGCUGCUCGCACAAUUCCCGAUGUUAUUAUUGGAAUGGCAUUCAUCGGCAUCAAUGCCGGUGCUCAGCAAAGCUCUCCGAUGAUUCUUGCAGAGCUUGUUCCCAAUAAACACAGAUCAUAUGUUUCCGCUGGUGUGGUCAAUUCUGCAGCACCACUGACUAUCUCUGGACCAGUCUUUAUUCGACUCAUGAUUCAGAACAUAUCACAUGGUUGGAGGUGGAGCUUCGGAAUAGCCGCUAUCUGUAACGGCCUUGCUGUUAUAUGUUUCUUUUUUGGCUAUCACCCUUCAAGCUUCAAAAUGCUACACGCGCGCCGUGGCAAUGUCUCCGCAUGGAAGAUGGUCGACUUCGUUGGGGUUUUUCUUUUUGUCGCUGGGAUGCUCCUAUUCCUUCUCGGUCUUUCCUGGGGUGGAGCCACACAUCCUUGGAAGUCUGGAAUGGUAAUUGGCUUCAUCGCGGGCGGAGCUGUGCUCUUGAUUCUAUUCGUUCUUUGGGAGAUUUACAGUGCCAAAGAAUACCCGCUUCUACCGACGCAUCUGCUCAAAAAUCGUCCAUUCAUGGGUGUCGUGCUUGCUUGUGGGUCUAAGAGCUGCGUCUUACAAAGCGGUGUCGUGAUUGGUUAUGCAAUCUCUGCAUGCGUUAUGAAACCUAUUGGAAAGCAGAAUUUGCAGUUCAUUGCGGGGAUGGUUGUUCUCGCCGCCGUCAUGGGUGGAAUGGCUGGAACAUCACCAUCCACUGAAGCCAUGGCACUGGUGUUUCUUUGCAUAACCGGUGCCAGUAUUGGAUGGAUUGAGUACCUGUCGAUCACCCUUGCCCCGUUUUGCUUGAAACAUGAUGAACUUGGCAUUGCGAUUGGAACCCUCGGAACUUCAAGAGCGGCUCUUGCGGCGAUCGCCCAAAACGAUUUUCCAUACGUGAGCCCUGCAGUGAUUGACGCAGGCCUACCAUCCUCAUCCGUUCCCGCUUUGCUCGCUGGACUUGCAUCGGGCAAUCUUACGAACGUCCCCGAUAUAACUCCACAGAUCAUUGCCGUGGCAGAGACGGCUAACCAGGCUGCGUAUUCCAUUGCUUUGGGGGGCCUGGCAUUAAUCGCUUCACUUUUUGCUCCCAACUCGGAAUCGAGAUUCAAUUCAGCAAUCUCCAGAAAGCUCCAUGGCAGGGGUAUCGACGAGAGGAGGGCUCAGGACACAUCUAGCGAACCAAGCCCGUAA